CUCCUCUAGACACCUUGACACUAGAGAAAUAUCAUGACAGAAGACUCACAAAAUAAAAAGGAUCUGGCCCAUGCCAGGACAAAGACGUCGUUCGAUGUCACCAACAUGACCAAUUUCCUCUAUAAUGGGCCCUCGAAUGUGGAGCAUCGUCGAUAUAUUAUUGAUCUCAUUGCUCGUGAGCCCAUCUUCAACAAGGAUGAUUGGGCAUGGUUGAAUCAUACGGAUGCUGUCAAGCGUGGCAUUGCCAUGUCGGCUCGACUAGCUGAGAUUAUGUUGGAAAAUGAUCUAAACCACCUUGACUUUGCGACAGUCGUUGAGGCCAUUGACGACCCGCUUCCAAUUCUUCUACACAACGGAGCCUUUAUCCCUGUAAUCGAUGCUCAAGGAACUGACGAACAGAUUGAAAAAUGGGUUGUUCCUGCUCAAAAGUACCAGAUCAUUGGGUGCUAUGCCCAGACAGAGCUUGGUCAUGGUUCAAACCUCUCCAACCUUGAAACCACAGCCACGUUCAUUAAGGAGACGGACGAAUGGGAGAUCAACAGCACCACCUUCACAGCCGCCAAAUGGUGGAUUGGUGGAUUAGGUACCAUCUGCACCCAUGCAGUUGUCCAGGCCAAAUUGAUCAUUGAUGGCAAAGAUUAUGGUGCUCAUGUCUUUGUAGUCCCUAUUCGAUCCUUGGAGGACCACAAACCUUUCCCGGGCAUUGAGGUCGGAGAUAUUGGUCCUAAAGCCUAUGGAGGCUUUAACAAAAUGGAUAAUGGAUUUGCUCGCUUCAACAAGUAUCGCAUUCCACGCGAGAAUAUGCUGAUGCGAUUCUCCAAAGUCUCCAGAGAUGGUGUGUUUACGAAACCACCUCAUGAUAAGCUGUCAUAUGGCUCCAUGGUUUUGUUGCGAUCUGUCCUGAUUCGCCAGAUGGCCUUGUACCUAUCACGUGCCACUACAAUCUCUACGCGUUAUCUGACUGUGCGUCGUCAGUUCAACAAUCCUACGAGCCGAAACGACGCAGAGUUGAAUCCUGGCCUUGAGACUCAGGUGAUCAACUAUCCCAUGGUCCAGAACCGUCUCUUCCCCAUGAUUGCUCAAGCCUAUGCGCUCUACGCUGCAGGAUCGGUCAUGAUGAAUAUGUACAUCAAUCUAAUGACCAGCCUAUCGAGUGGCAAGGUUGAUGCACUGGCCGAAGUCCAUGCUACAUCCUCUGCAUUGAAAUCCUACUGCACUACCAUUGGAGCAACGGGCGCAGAGGAAUGCCGAAAGUUGCUAGGUGGACAUGGGUAUUCAUAUUUUACAGGUCUGGCGCACAUGUUUGCAGAGAUUGUGCCCUCUAAUACGUAUGAGGGGGACAACUACGUGCUAACGCAGCAAAUGGCCCGAUACCUGCUGAAGGAACUCAAGAGAGCCAGAUCAGAUCCUGACAAGGUGACGCCAUUCUCAAAGUAUCUGCUCUUGACGCUAGAUGGUGAACGGUUCUCGAGAUCUUCAUGCUCUGUCAUCAGACCUGAGGAUUGGCUUAAACCGGAGAUACAGAUCGCAGCCCUUGAGCACCGCUGUGCACGAUUGGCGAUGGAACUUUACGAUGCAGUUGAGGCGAGCCACGGUAAUAAGAAAACAUGGUCGGACCACAAUAUUGAAUGCUACAGGGUAUCACAUGCCCAUGCGCAAUAUGUCAUGGUUCUCUGGUUCUUACAAGCGAUCGAGGAAGCUCUCGAUCCCGAGGCCGACGAGGAUUGUCGAGCCAAGCCCGAGACGGCCAAGGUGUUGAUGAAGCUCUCGCACCUGCACGCGUUGCAUACCAUUCAAACGAAUCUGGCAGAUUUUGUGGAGGAUGGUUACUUCUCACCAGCUCAAUGCCAAUCACUUCGAGCACAAGUGAAAGUGCUGGUAGCAAGUUUAGCAGAUGAUGCUGUAGGUCUAGUGGACGCGUUUUAUCAUCCGGAUUAUCUGUUGGCAUCCGCAUUGGGUGCGUCGGAUGGUGAUGCAUACAAACGACUGUGGGAUAAAGCUCAGUCUGAGCCUUUGAAUCGACAAGAGGUCUGCGAUGGAUACAAGGAGUAUAUCCGACCCAUGUUGAAGAAGCAUGGUGACAUCAAGCUCUAG